AUAUCUGACGUGAGAGUCGUGAAAUUUAAACAUGUGGCGAAAAUGAAGCGCAGUUUUGACAGCAGAUUUUAAAUUUAUUAAAUGCACCUAAAAUGCAGUGCCUGUGAGAAAAUGCCUUGCAUGUAAAAGUAACAUACUUAAAUUGCGCCAAGUGACUAUUUAAGAUUGUGUUCCGAAGGACAACAGUAUUACAAAAUAAAUCAUGAACUUUUCACCCGGAACGGCCACACUUCUUGAAGAACUGGAUAAAAAACUGAUGGUACUUCUUCGAGAUGGAAGAACGUUAAUUGGCUAUCUUCGUAGUGUAGACCAGUUUGCGAACUUGGUGCUGCAUCGCACAAUUGAAAGAAUCUAUGUUGGAAAGGAGUAUGGUGAUAUACCUCGAGGAGUCUUCAUUGUACGAGGAGAAAAUGUUGUGUUGUUAGGUGAAAUUGAUAAAGAUAAAGAAGGAGACCUUCCUCUUCAGCAGGUCUCAGUAGAUGAUAUUUUGGAUGCCCAAAGAAGAGAACAAGAAGCAAAGCAAGACCAGGAAAAGCUUUUAGUAAAGGCUUUGAAAGAAAGGGGGCUUCAUUAUAUACCUGAUCUUAGCCAUGAUGAUAUGUUCUAAUGCAGUACAAACUGAAAACCUUAUCAGAUGAAAUUUAAGUAUGGAACUAAAGUGAUUACCAAUUUAUUUUUCUUUAGAAUGAGAGAAA